UUUUGUUAGCCUAUCUAAUUAAAAUUCACCCGCAAUUUUCGCAAAGAAAAUAAAAAAUAAAAAGCUUAGAUAGGGAGAAAUGAAAUCGCGACAAGCAGAAAAUGAUCGAAAACAAAACAUUCCCAUGUUUGGGUUUUUGUAUGUUGUUAUAAAUAUAUAAAGCCCACAUUUUUAAGCUUUCAUUUUUGAGCUCUCUCUGUCUCUGUUUCUGUCUCUCUCUGGUCUCGUCAUCUCUUCUGCAAUCCGGAUCCUCAAACUCGAUUUGACCCGACUCAGACACCGGUUCGACCUGGAUUCGGUUCGUCUUAAUGGGUUGUGUCAGUUCGAAACAGGCGGUUUCGGUGACCCCGGCGUUUGAUCAUUCGGGCGGGUUUAAUUCGGGUCGGAUACGGGCCGGGUUAGAGAAUGAGAAGAGCAGCAGUGGGCAUAAGAGUUAUGGCGGAGAUAGAGAUAGCAAGCACAAUAACAAUAAUAGUAAUAAUAAUAAUAAUAAUAAUAAUAAUAAAAAGAAGAACAAUAAUAAUGCUGAGGUGAGUUGUGGGAGCGAGUUGGGUGAGUCAGGAAGAGCGAGCUCGAAUGGUGAAUCGGUGAGUUUCAGGUUAAGGAAUUUGCAAAAGUACAUUGAAGGUGAACACGUGGCAGCCGGCUGGCCUGCCUGGCUUAGUGCCGUCGCUGGUGAAGCUAUUCAGGGUUGGGUCCCGCUUAAAGCUGAUGCCUUUGAGAAAUUGGAGAAGAUAGGACAGGGUACAUAUAGCAGUGUGUUUCGAGCUCGUGAGAUUGAAACUGGAAGAAUUGUUGCCUUGAAGAAGGUUCGCUUUGACAAUUUUGAGCCUGAGAGUGUCCGGUUCAUGGCAAGAGAGAUAUUGAUUCUCCGCAGGCUGGACCAUCCCAAUGUUAUGAAAUUGGAUGGGUUGAUUACUUCCCGUUUGUCAUGUAGCAUAUACCUGGUCUUUGAGUAUAUGGAGCAUGACAUUACUGGUCUCUUAUCUUGCCCUGAUGUCAGAUUCAGUGAGUCGCAGAUUAAGUGCUACAUGCGGCAGUUGCUUUUUGGACUUGAGCAUUGUCAUUCCAAGGGUGUAAUGCAUCGGGACAUCAAAGGAUCAAAUCUUCUAGUAAAUAAUGAAGGAAUGCUGAAAGUGGGAGAUUUUGGAUUGGCAAACUUCUGCCACACUGGGCACAGACAACCUUUAACCAGUCGUGUUGUGACUUUAUGGUACCGUCCUCCAGAACUUUUGCUUGGCUCAACUGAAUAUGGAGCUUCCGUGGAUCUUUGGAGUGUUGGCUGUGUAUUUGCAGAGCUUCUCCUUGGAAAACCUGUCCUUCAAGGAAGAACAGAGGUUGAACAAUUACACAAAAUUUUCAAGCUUUGUGGGUCCCCACCUGAUGAAUACUGGAAAAAAUCCAGGCUUCCUCAUGCAACUUUAUUCAAACCACAGCAACCUUAUGAUAGCUCUCUGCGAGAGAUCUUCAAAGAUUUGCCAACAACUGCGGUCAACCUGAUAGAAACACUUCUAUCUGUAGAGCCAUAUAAGCGUGGGACUGCAUCCUCUGCUCUUGCCUCUGAGUAUUUCAUGACAAAACCUUAUGCAUGUGAUCCGUCAAGUUUGCCAAAAUACCCACCCAGUAAAGAGAUUGAUGCAAAAAACCGUGAGGAGGCAAGGAGGAAAAAGACAAGUGGGAGAAGUCGUGGUGCUGAAACUAGGAAGCCUGCCAGAAAACCUGGCGGAAUCAAUAAACUGGCACCAGCAGAGGAUGCAACAGCUCGCAUCCAAGGUUCUCAGAAUAGUAUCACCACUAAUGUGUGUCUUCCUAAGGGAGUAGAUGCCAAGUCUGGUGGAGAGGCGCGAAAGGCAUCACUUGACAAACUAGAAGAGAUUUUCCAUGUAAAGAAUGCAUCACAAGGAGACAUUCCCUUUUCUGGCCCAUUACAGGUCUCCAGUUCAAGUGGCUUUGCAUGGGCAAGAAGACGAAAGGAUGAUGCAUCUGUAAGAUCCCACAGUAGGUCUACUUCACGAAGUCUCAUUAAUAAUGGAUUAGAAAACUCUACUGCAUUGCAAGAAAAGAGCAAUUUUGAUUCUAGACGGCGUGAAAAUGGAGAUGCAAUAUAUGGGAUCCGUACCAAUUCUAGAGGCCAUGAUUCGAAUGAGAUUUCCAAGCGUGCAUUACAGAAACAAUGGAGUCAAUUGGAAAGGCCAGAUUCCUUUGAUGCUUCGGAGGGGUACCAUUCACAAGAAUUAUCGUUGGCACUUUAUCAAAGAGAAGAAAUGGAAGCAAGGAGAAACAAUUUGGGUUUUCAAGAUCAAGGGGACAAGGUUGAUUUUUCUGGACCUUUGCUUUCUCAAUCACAUAGAGUGGAUGAACUUCUUGAAAGACAUGAACGCCAAAUUCGCCAGGCUGUUCGAAAGUCAUGGUUUCAAAGAGGUAAGAAACAUGGAAAGUGAUUGUUGUCAGGUAUUGGCUUCUUCAAGUCAUUUUAAGACAGUUGCAUCUCUCUUCUUUAAGUGGGUGGAUUAGUGACAAAACCUCAAAAAAGUGGAGAGCGAAUCAAGAUUCCUAGCCCUCAAGAGGAAGGGUGAUGUGAACUCAUCAUUUCUACCAAUUGCACAGACAAAGCAUCAGCAAGUAUAAUAUUAUUGUGCACAACACUGGUGAAGAAUGAAAAUUAGGAACCAAAAGCAGAAAAGUACAUACCAAAAAGCAAGAGAAGAGAUGAGGAAAUGAAGAGAGAUCAACAAUGAUGGUUCGCUCUUUUCUUUUUCUUCCUGCUAUAAGAAUUAGUUUUAGCUUCUAUUCCUUUUGUAUUAAAUUAUAUUCUUCCUCCUUUUGUUCUUUUUCUUUCUCCCUUCCUUUUGUUUCUUUAGUUGCUGCCUUCCUUCUGCAAGGCUAUUUUAUGUUGUACUUCUUCGAACUAUCACAUAUGUAUAGUAUAGUAUAGUUUAAGUAUAUCCUCAGUUCUAGUUCAUAAGAUUGUCGCAUUCAGGUGUCCUCUCCAGACGCCGGGCAUUGCAUUGCUUCCUUCACCAGUUUUCUGAACAUUAGAAAUACUGAUAUUUAUUGGUAAAUGAAUGAAGAUAGCAUCAGCAGCAUGUGUGAUCUGCUGUCUGCAUCCUUGUGACCUCGAAAGGGCGGGUUAUCUUCUAGUUCUAGAGCCUGUUAAAAUCACCACGGAAAAGGGACCUUUUGUACUGAGCCUGCUUACCUGAUAAGCAUAGGGAUGAUACAUACAGUCUUCUGGGUCUAAAAAAAACUCACAAGUCUUCCGAAGGUCUCUUUCAAUCAGCAGCAAUCAAGUCAUCUAAUGCCUUCAAUUCACAGUUCUGCUCUUCAGGUCUUCAGAUUGUGCCUACUCUUCAUCAAAAAUGACAAAAAUGGGCUAUAGAAUGAACCCAUCUGAACAGAAUUUAGAUACUCAUUUUGGGUUCUUGGGCUUGCACCAAAUUCUGUUGCAGUUUGUACAUUUCUUAGACAAGAAUGUUAGAUUUAUUUUUCUUCAAUAUGAAGGCAGUAGUAGCUUCCUGAUCCAAAA